AUAGACCUUCAAACGGUCAGACACAGGAAAUAAGGUCUCCGAAGCUGGCCGACAGCUAGCAAGAAGUUGGCCGUUAGCAUAGAGGCGGAGGGAAAAUAAACAAAUUCACAAUAGAUGAAAUAAGAAAUUCAUUUUUUUUAACCAUUGGAACCACAUAUGGUGUAACGAUACCUUGGUAUACGCGACAAACACACACUCACUCACUCAAAACAAUGCCCCUGUAACAAGAGAGCAAAAAUUAACAUUUUAGCAGGCGUUUCCUUUUAUCAUUUUAUAAUGCGACAGCUGGGUCGGCAAAAGAACCUCGGUACAAAUAGAAGUGAUACUGUCAGAAAGAAACGUGACAUGCCCAAAAUCGCAGUCGUGGAGCCUGCUAAGGAGGCUACCUUUAUGUUCACCGAUGACCCCAUACAACAUGACGUCAGGCCUCACCUUCCGAAACAUACUUCCCAGAAGGCUGCUGUGCCUAGUUUCACAUCCGUAGUUAACCAGAGUAAAACAGAACGGGCUUGCUGUAAGCGUUAUUAAGAUUUUCCUUAGAUUUGUAAUCAUGGCAGGGAACAUUGAAGAAUCGGAAGACAUUGACGACCAGCUCCUAACGUGUGCCGUCUGCAAGUUGCGCUUCCGGGACCCCAGAAUACUGCCAUGUCUGCACACAUUUUGUAAAGAAUGCCUGGACAUUUGGGCUACUAAACAACAGCCACUGAAGUGUCCAACCUGCCGCAGAAACGUCACUCUACCAGACCAAGGUGUGGACGGACUGAGGACCAAUAUUUACGUCAACAACCUGCUGGACUUCGCGGCCGUGAAGAAAGGGGCGGAGCCAGGUGUGCCGUGCCAGGUGUGCGAGGGGAAGGAGGGAGGGGCGCGGGUAUGGUGCGUACAGUGUGCCGUUCUGCUUUGUGAGUCCUGUACAAACACACAUAACAGGUUUCCAACCAUGAAAGGGCAUCAGAUCGUGACCCAAGAGGAUCUGAAGGCCACUGAAUUUCAGCGCAAAUCGUUUUGCCCAAAGCACGAAGGCCAAGUGUUAAUUUUCUAUUGUGAACCCUGUCAGACUUUGGUCUGUGCCGCCUGUGCUGUUGUCGACCAUCGGUUGGACGAUGAACACAAGCCCGUAGAAAUCGGCGACAUCGCUGAAAAGAAGAAACUGGGCCUUCAAGAACUGCUCGGAAAGGUAGAUGAUCGGGCGAAAGAGGUACGGGCCGCGGUGAACGACGCCGGAAAAGAAAUUUCGGAGUUGCUCACAUCGACCGACACAACGAUUGAACAGGCCACGGUCUGUUUCGAUCAUCUGAUCACCUUGGUUCAAGACAGAAAAACUGAAGUCAUCAAUGACAUAGAGUCGAGCGGUCAGGAGGUCACAAAAUGCUUGGAAACUCAGAAAGAAGCGAUAGAGUUCGAGUUGUCAGGACUGACGAGCGCGUCUGAAUUCGGUAAACAAGCUUUGGAACACGGCAGUGACGCUCACGUCAUUGUGGCGGAAGGUCAAGCCAGACAGAGGGUGGAAGAGCUGCUGACAACUCCAACCGACCUGACAGUCCGGCCAAGUCAAGUCGUGUUCUCGGAGGGGACGGCUGUGGCAGGGUUAAGGGAAAACAUGAAGAAGGCAGGGUGUGUACAAGUCACAAGUAAGGCGGACGUAUCCAAAUGUUCAGUUGAAGUAAACCCUGCUGUCGUAGACGUCUCAAGUUUCACUUUGUUAAGAACAUUAGACAAAAACGGACAUCUAUGUUUUGUGCCUAAAGAUGACGUCACCGUCACACUGAAGGAACCUUUCGGUCAUGACUUACCGACAAGUUUACAAGAGAAGGGCAGGGGCUUGUGGGAAAUUUCAUACAUGCCAAAGUUGCCGGGUAACCAUACUUUAGAGGUCAAGGUGAACGGUCAGCCUGUGGCCGGACGUCCGUUUUACGUCAAGGUACAAUACAGCCACACUCCAGACUUAACCAUUGGGAAACAAAGUAGGGGGACCGGCGGAGAAAAUUUUGGUCCAGUAGAUGUAGCAGUGGACACGGCUGGCAACAUUGUAGUCGUGGAUGGUAAGAGAGAACGUGUGCAUGUGUUUGAUCCCAAGACUGGUCAGUCACUUCGACAUGGCACACACUUGGUUGGUGAGCGUCCAUGCGGUAUUGACAUUGAUUCCAAUGGACGGUUCACUGUGGCGUCGUCUUGCGAGGGAAGUCAGGGAGUUAGGGUGUACUCACAGAAAGGAGCACUCGUAGAGAGGUUGUUUUCUGAUCGUUUUCGAGAGCUACGUGGAGUUGCAGUUCUGCAGAACGGCCGCAUGGUGGUGUCGGACAAGCAAGAGAAGUCGUGUUUCCUCCUGCAGCCUGACAAGGGCCUCAUCCGGGAGGUUGGCAAGGGGCAGUUACAGGACCCAUGGUUCAUCGCGGCGGACGAAUCACGUGACCUGUUCUACGUCACCGACGGCGAUGCUAACAAAGUCUUUGCAUUUGACCUUGACGGGAAGAUGACCUUUUGCUUUGGUGAGACUGGUCCGAGUGAGGGACAGUUCCUGUGUCCAUCGGGGAUAACAUUAGACCCAGAGGGAAACAUCAUUGUGGUGAACUUUCUUGACGGGCGUCUACAAGUGUUCAAGCCUGACGGCAAGUACUUGAGAACUGUGGCAAAGGUGAACAAUUUUCCUUCGGGAAUCGCACUGACACCAAAUGGCCACAUAGCUGUAGCAUGUUAUUGGGAACACUGUGUUGAGUUACACUCCUACAGUUAACAAGACUGGCAAUGAAAACACAUUGCCAUGGCGACGGUGGUUGCUGUUAGGGUUAUUGUUUGCAUGGC